AUGCUCAUCCAUGCCCUCCCCAUCACGCACCCCCAAUCCCUAACAGCUGAGCCCCUCACCAGGCCCGCCUUCGCGCCCUUCGGCGACGCCAUCAGCAACCCGCGCCCGGACGCGCGGCCCUCCAAUACGGACCCCGCCGCUAUCGCUAACGGCGCCCUACCGUUCGGCGCCGUGUCUGCGAAUCAAGGCACCGCAAUCCAGUACCGCGGCCUGGCGGCGGUGAGGGAGUACUAUGCGCAGGCCCCGAGCGGGAGGGCUGGGGCCGCGAGGUUGACUAUGUUUGUUUGUGGGACGCGGGAGUUGGAGAGUGGUGGUAGUAGUGGUGGUGGGGAUGGAAAUGGGGAUGGAGAUGUCGGUAAUGGGAAGGGGAAAGGAGAAGCAGGGGGCGAGGCAAAGAAGGACAGCGUCCAAGUCACCAUCCUCGAGCGCCACCCCUUCACCAGCCAGACCUUCAUCCCGCUCACCGCCGACGCCUCAAAGCGGUACCUCGUCAUCGUGGCGCCUAGCCUGCCGCCUGGAGCCACGGAUGAAGGUCUGCCCGUGCCUGAUGCCGAGGCUGCGCAAGGAGCGACCGAGAAAGCGAACGGCGCCAAGCUGCCUGGGAGGGGUCUACCAAAUGUGCGACGCAUGCGCGCCUUCGUCGCCACCGGCGAGCAGGCCGUCACGUACGCCGCGGGCACGUGGCACGCGCCCAUGAUGGCGCUAGGACCCGCGGACUCGACCAUCGACUUUUUGGUCGUGCAGUUUGCGAACGACGUGCCGGUGGAAGACUGCCAAGAGGUGGCGCUGGAGAGGCAGGGGAGCGACGAGAGGUCGCGAAUCAUGGUGCGGGUUCCGGAUGCUGAGAGAUGGGGGUUGCCGAAGCUAUGA